AUGGCAUCCCAACAACAUGCACUUCUGCUCCUCUUCUCCCUCUCCGUUCUCCUCCGCCCCGCUGCCGCAGCCGACGGUGCUGUCAUGGCCAAGCUGGCCGCAUCCCUCUCCCCAGCCCCCUCCCACUGGACCAGCACCGAUUUCUGUUCCUGGACCGGCAUCAACUGCGACAACUCAAACCGCGUCACCUCCAUCAGCCUCCCCUCCAAGUCCAUCGCCGGGUCUCUCCCCGCCAAUCUCAACUCCCUGUCCCAGCUCAAAAGCCUAGAUCUCCAGGGCAACCGCCUCUCCGGCGCCCUGCCGUCCCUCGCCAACCUCACCUUCCUGGAACAGGUCUUCCUCGACCGGAAUCAGUUCGUCUCGAUCCCCGCCGAUUUCUUCGCCGGCCUCUCCAACCUCCAGAGCAUGAGCCUCAGCGACAAUCCCACUCUAGCGCCGUGGACGAUCCCCGCCGAUCUGACUCAGUCCAGCAGCUUGAACGCCUUCUCCGCCAGCAACGCCAGCAUAGUGGGCUCCAUUCCCGACAUUUUCGGCUCCUUCCCCAACUUGCACAACCUCCACCUCUCCUACAACAACCUCACCGGCUCGCUGCCGCCCAGCUUCGCUGGCUCCGAGAUCAGCAACUUGUGGAUCAACAACCAGAUGAUGGGCUUAUCCGGCACCAUUGAGGUGCUUUCUUUCAUGACCCAACUCUACCAAGUUCGGCUCCAGGCAAAUUCCUUCACAGGUGCCAUCCCGGACCUGUCCAAAUGCACAAGUCUCUUCGAUUUGCAGCUCCGGGACAACCAGUUCACCGGCUUGGUGCCACCGUCCUUGACCUCUCUUCCCAGGCUUGCUAACAUUAGUCUACAGAACAACAAAUUGCAGGGCCCGCUGCCGGUGUUCGGCUCCGGCGUGGACGUCACUCUUGGAACCACCAAUACAUUCUGCAAGACCACGCCGGGGCCUUGCGAUCGCCAAGUCACUCUUCUUCUUGAAGCUGCCGGGGCUCUUGGGUAUCCGAUGAUUCUGGCUCAGUCUUGGGAAGGGAAUGAUGCUUGUUCCGGUUGGCCAUUCAUCAGCUGCGUGCAGGCCAACAUCACAAUUGUGAAUCUCGGGAAGCAGCGCUUUUCGGGUACCAUUUCUUCGGCCUUUGCGAACAUCACCUCGCUGCGGAGUUUGCUCCUGAAUGACAAUAACCUGUCGGAUUUGAUCCCGGAGAGCUUGGCAUCUUUGCCUAAUCUUCAAGUUCUUGACGUGUCUAACAAUAAUCUUAGUGGCCCGAUACCCGUUUUCGCAUCCACAGUGAAGUUAACUACCUCCGGCGAGCUGUUACUCUGGAAGAACUCUACUUCCGGGGGUGGUGGCUCGCCGGGUUCUGGAUCGAACUCGACCACGCCCGGUGGAAGCCCGUCAGAGGGGAAGUGGAGCGGGUCCUCUGUGUCUGCUGGUUUGAUUGCAGGUGUUGUGAUUGCCGUUAGUGUUUUUGCAGCUGUUGUGUUGUUUGUGUCUUACAAGUGCUAUGUCAACAGGAAGAGCGUGGCAGCGAGUGGUGAUCAUGGUGACAUUCCGGUUUUUGAAGGUGGGAAUACUGCCAUUUCGAUCCAAGUGAUUCAGCAGGUGACUAACAAUUUCAGUGAAGAUAAUGUAUUGGGUAGAGGAGGGUUUGGAGUCGUGUACAAAGGGUUGCACGAUGGAACUAAGAUUGCUGUGAAGCGGAUGAAAUCUUCAGCAGUCGCCAAAGGAAUGAAUGAGUUCCAAGCCGAAAUUGACGUCUUAACCAAAGUUAGGCACCGGCACUUGGUUGCGCUUCUUGGUUAUUGUAUCAAUGGCAAUGAAAGGCUUUUGGUUUUGGAGUAUAUGCCACAGGGAACUUUGGCUCAGCACCUAUUCCAGUGGCGUGAGCUCGGGUUUCCUUCCCUCACUUGGAAGCAAAGGGUGACGAUUGCGUUGGAUGUGGGCAGAGGGGUCGAAUAUCUACACAGCUUAGCGCAACAGAGUUUCAUCCAUAGAGAUCUUAAACCGUCAAAUAUACUUCUUGGUGAUGACAUGAGAGCCAAGGUUGCAGAUUUCGGUUUGGUUAAGAAUGCACCUGAUGGCAAGUAUUCUCUUGAGACGAGUCGGGUGGCAGGAACUUUUGGAUAUCUUGCACCGGAAUAUGCUGAUACCGGACGAGUGACUACCAAAGUGGAUGUUUAUGCAUUUGGAGUGGUUUUGAUGGAGAUAAUCACAGGAAGGAAAGCUUUAGACGAGACCGAGCCUGAUGAGAGGUCCCAUUUAGCCUCCUGGUUUCGUAGGGUCCUUAUCAACAAGGACAACAUUCGGAAGGCUGUAGACCAAAUUCUCAACCCGGAUGAAGAGACGUUCGAGAGUAUUUGCAAGGUGGCUGAGCUUGCUGGUCACUGUACCGCUCGCAAGCCUUUCCAAAGACCGGAUAUGGGGCAUGCUGUCAAUGUGUUAGGUACUCUCGUGGAGCAGUGGAAACCUUCCAACCACGGAGACGAAGAAAGCUGUGGCAUCGAUCUCCACUUGAGUCUUCCUCAAGCUCUUCAAAGAUGGAAAGCCGAUGAAGGGACUUCCACAAUGUUCAACGAUCAGUCCUACAGGCAAUCGCUGUCAAGCAUUCCCUCGAAGCCUUCAGGGUUUGCAGACUCAUUCGACUCAAUGGAUUGCGGAUGACAGAGAA